AUGUGCACAUCGGAUAUUUUACCAAAACUCAUGGCGAUCACUAUCACAGGGAAAACUGCCAUUUCUUUUUCAGGCUGUAUUACACAAUCAUUUAUAUAUGCGUUCUGCGUUGAUUCAGAAUUUUUACUUCUCGCCUCUAUGGCUUAUGACCGCUAUGUAGCCAUUUGUAUCCCCCUACGUUAUUAUCAAAUCAUGAGCAAUAAGUUGUGUGCGCUAUUAAUCACUGUCUCAUGGUUUGGUGGCUUUUUGAGUGCAUUCAUUAUAUGUAUGAUGGUGUCAAAUUUAAACUUCUGUAAUGAACAAGAAAUCAACAAUUUCUUCUGUGAUAUAAUAAUAUUACUGAAGCUCUCCUGUACUGACACCAGUCUAUUUUUGACCUUUUUUAUACCCCUGGAUUGUGUCAUAUUGGGGUUUCUCCCAUUUACGCUUAUAAUAGUUUCCUACAUCAACAUUAUAUCUACCAUCCUAAAGAUCCGAUCAUCAUCUGGAAGACUGAAGACCUUCUCCAGCUGCUCCUCCCAUCUCACAGUUGUUGUACUCUUUUACGGAACUUCUCUAGGCUUGAAUUUGAAACCCAAGACCAAAAAUUCUCUGGAAAUAGAUAAACUUCUCUCCUUAAUUUACACUGGUGUUGUUCCUAUGAUAAAUCCACUAGUUUACAGUCUGAGAAAUAAAGAGGUUUUGAAAGCCAUGGAAAUCAUUAUAAAAAAGAUUAAAUAA